UCCCAGCAGUGUGAAGAAUGAUCUGACCAACAGCAGAUUACUGAGUGACAGCAGACUCAUCAUACAGGAUAAGUCGUGCUGUGUGGGCCCCUGGGCUCUGUGGCCCCUGCUGGCCGACGGCGGAGACGUCCUGAUGAGCGGCUGUUUCUCUGCACAGACGGUCGCACACGUGUCUGCAGUGGCUGCGGCUGCGUCUGCACACACACAUACUGAAACACACACGUCUCAGUCAGACGCUCGCGGUCAGAGCACAGUGAUUGUGUGUUUGGGAGACGGAGAGCAGUCACAGACAGACGAACUGCAGAACACACUCACCAAACUGGGCUGCAAGAAUGUGAAGCUGCUUCCAGACUCUCUCGAGUCUCUGGACGUCUCUGACGCGCGUCUGCAGAAGAUCAGUGUGGUGUUUCUGAUGCCAGCGUGUUCCCUGUCCGCCGUCAGCAACCCUGUAGAUUACAUAAUGCAGGAGAACAGAGACCCGCGGCUCAUGCUGGAUCUGUCCCAGGGUUCAGUCUCUCCAGAGAAACUCCAGAUGCUCAUGUGCCAGCAGAGGAAAGUCCUGCAGCGCGCCGUCCAGUUUCCUCAGGUGCGGGCGGUGCUUUACUCCACCUGUUCUGUUCACCCAGAGGAGAACGAGGAGGUGCUGAAGACGGUCCUCUCACAAACACAAGAGAAUCACUCCACAGCGCCGCCCUACAGGUUGAGUUCUCCGAGUCUCCUGCAGGACUCUAUCAUUGAAGAUGAUGAGGAAACAGAGGAGAUGAAGGCCAGAUUCUUCAGACUGGAAGCAUCAGAUCGUAGUAACGGCUGUUUUUUAGCGCUGCUCACACGAGAGCCUCAACCAGAAGUGAUAGAAACGCCACAAGAAGUGCUCGCUCGCGCAGCGGCCAAAGGCCUGUUAGACGGCCUCCAGCCAAUCAAGAAAGAAGGCCGAGGCCGACGGUCCCACAGAGCACCCGCCAAUCAGAAACGCUCUGUGAAGACACGCCCACACGCCACACAGAGCGACCAAUCACGCGUGGCGGAAUUUCUGAACCGUGAGAUGAAAGGAAGCAGCUCAGAGCCGACACUGAGUCAGUCGCCUCGGAGUCCGGCACACUACGAUAAACCAUCUAGUUCUCAACGUCCCUCUCGGAGCGGUUUCUCCAGGACAGGCUCCGCCCCCAGCCCCGCCCCUUUCUCCAGUUCGUACAGUAAAAGUUUGACUCGUUUGGCCUCGGUUUCCACCAAUGAUCAUCACUCCUCCCCGCCUCCCGCUCCGCCCAAAGGCCGACAGGAAGUGCUUCGGCCGGCAACCGUCACAUUUCCUCCUGUUCUGUUGUCAAGCGACGGUCUACUUCCUCAAAGGUGGAGCCACGCCCUUCCUGCCCGGCCAAGCCCCGCCCACACAAACCUGCAGUGGCGUAACUCAACACCAGCUCUUCCUCGAAGCCAAACGCCGUUCAGACUGAAUCAUCUGCGGCCGUGGCUCUGACACGCAUUAGUCCGCAUUUCACUCGCUUUUUUAAAAUGUACGACUUUUUAAUGCCAGAUAACUGACCCAUUGUUACUAAACUAACACUGCCAUCAAAACAUGCAUAUUUUGCAAUGCCACGCGAGUUUACAUGCAAAUAAAACAU